AUGGACCGAAAUGCUGUCACCACUAAUUCUUCGGUUUUUGCAGCUGCAGACUCUACCACUCGACCUUUGCAGGUCAUCUGUGCUUGGCCCGUGUCUGGCCAGUACGGGCCGGGCGCAAGAUUCUUAUACUAUGCCCUUGUAGCAGCUUGCGUGUCUGCUCGAAAAACCAAAUGGCUCAAGGACGUUUGCUUGGCAGCCGCAUUGCUUUUCCCUGCCAUCGCUGCUAUCCACGGAAUCGUUCUCGCGACAAUGCACCGGGAAGGUGCUAUUGAUAUGGAUAUCUAUGGAGCUCUGCAGCUUUGCUCAAUAGGCCUCUUGGCCGCUCAGGUCACUGUCCGGAAUUCGCGGACGUACUUCAACACUCCGGGACGGAACACCAUCUUCUUGUGGACUGGCCUUAUCCUCGCUGGUCUACUGAGCUUGACAGUCGAGUUCUUUCGGACGAGGACGUUCGACUGCCUGCAUGACAACGAUGGAAGCCCGAUUUCCACCAGUGCCGCCGAGUUCCCCUACCAUGAUUCCCCUACCUGUGGACUCGUAUGCUCUGUUGAAGAAGGCCCACACUCUCCUUUACGAGGCGGCUCAACAAACAAUAUCUACGUGAUCCCGGCACCGGAUCGUUUCACCUUCGGCACGGCCGUGCUCAUCUCGACCGCAUGCUGCAUCCCUGCCUUCCUUUCCCUUGGGUGGAUGUGGAACAAGAUCCUCAAGAUGAACUGGAAUACUCGCUUCGGUGAUGGGGAUGAAGAUGAGCAGAUUGAGGGCACAAAUGGCGCCACCAUCGGGACAAUGAAGAAGGUCAACGAUAUAAUCAGGGGGUUCCUAGGUAUUGUUGAGAUUCUUGUCUUCGGUGGCGCAGUACUCGCUAUCAUCAUCCUCGGCGAGAUGAACUUUUUCAGUGCCCAGGUCAGAUAUCAGACAGAGCCCAUGGCCAGUAUCGGCCAAUGGGCACCAAUCGUUGGCACUGGGCUCGCCGCCAUCGGGUCUUUCUACCUUCUGGUUGCGAAAGAUGUUGAGCAAGAGGCAAACAUAGAUGCCUCCAUACAUGACUACAGUGGUUCACUGGGCUUGGAAGCUGGCGGGGACUUGUCCUCGACCUCUUCCCAACCUAUCGCCACUCCAGGUUCUCUCGAUAAUCGCUCUCAAUCACCGCCAAAUGAAUUACAGCCAACAAGCAGCCGGAGACAAAGACAGGCAAGCAUCGGGGGCCACAGACGAGAAGUAACGAGGGUGUUGACAACGGUCGGGAACUACCUCGGUACCGUAGGCUUCAGCAGGUUUGACGACUCCGAGUGGAUACGAAACGCGGGCGCCUACCCUGAGAUCCCAGCAGAGCGACAGCGAAACAGACGGCUUCCCAAGAUCAUCGUCAGUAACAACCGACGCCGGGACGCCACGCCUACCCCUCGCCAACAACGAUCGAGAGCGGCCAGCCGUGCAUCGAGUCCUAGUGUUGCAGGCGGCGGCUCAUCCACGCCGAGAGCAGCAUCGACUCCUUCCUCGCCGUCCCCACGGUCUCGGUCACCAGCCCCGUCCGCCAUCACGCCUCGCCGACCUGACCUGCAGCACAACCCUACUCCAUCUUCGGGCACUGGUUCGACCGGAGAAAUGGUACAGAUUCGCCGGAACACACUCGAGGUGCCGCCGCCGAUGCAUCACAGUCCUACAAGGGGGGCCUGA